AUGGCUGCAAAACUUGAUGUGUCAACACCACCGCAGUUUAUAGUUACAGGACAACACGCAAAUUUGGCAAAACAAUGGGAACAAUACAUCAAACGUUUUAAUUAUUUCAUCGGUGCCGCAAAUAUAACCAAAGAUGAACAGAAACGUAAUUUACUGUUACACGUAUCGGGAGAACAAAUUCAGGAUAUAUUCGAAACAUUGCCAGAAACAGGAACAUCAUACAACGAUGCAGUUACGUCACUUAACCAAUAUUUUGCACCAAAGAAAAACGUGGCGUGUGAGAGACAUAUAUUCCGUCAAGCGGGUCAAGAACAGAAUGAAACAAUUGAUAAUUUCGUGGUGAGGCUGUCGAAAUUGGCAAUAUCGUGCGAAUUUCCAGAGACCCAGAAAAAUGACAUGAUUCGCGAUCAAAUAAUUGAAAAAUGCUCAAGUAGUGCAUUGCGUCGAAAACUAUUGCAAGAAACAGAACUGACCUUAGAAAAAGUCCAAACAAAGUCUGAACUGUCGGCAUUACAUACAGAAAAAAUGACAGGAAACAACAACUUCACAGUAAAUAACAUUCAAACGCAAACAAGACGGAACUCAGAAUACAGUUCUGUCAAACCAAACAGACAAAAUAUAAAACCAAGUAGACAAACAGACCGACAUUUGGGAAAGCAAUAUAGUGCACAAACAGCAGUUUGUUAUCGUUGCGGAAACAAGGGACACUAUGGGAAAGAAUGUCGGAAAUCGAGAAAUGUUAUGUGUUCUGCCUGCUCCAAAUCGGACACUUCGCAAAAAUGUGUAAAACCAAAAGUGUAA